UUCCCCACAAUCCAACAAAAAACCAGCCCCACUCCCCCAUCCUCCAUUUAUAUUCCUACCAUUUCCUCAUCUACACCAAAUCUCUCUCUCUCUCUCUAAAUUUCAACAAUGGAAGCUGCUACUCCUAAUCCUAAUGAUGUUCAAGUUCAACAUGUUACUAAGAAAUCGUCUGAUGAGUUGCUGAGGAAGUUCGCUGAGCUCGAUGAUGAUGAUGGUGGCGGUAAUAAGGGGGCGGCUUUUACGAAAGAGUUAAGGGUAAUGGUGGUGAAACGGCGGAAAAGGAGUGGGUUUCCCAGGUCCAGAAGGGAAUCAUUAGGUCACUGUGAGAGUCCUUCCAACAAUGGUACCACCGGCUUAGUUGAGCGGAAAUGGCUUCUUCCUCCGCCCGCCACACGCCGGUCUACUUUUCUUAAGCAACUUGGGAUCGGAAGGUCGCAGAUAAGAGCUAGGGAAAUCAGGAACAGGUCCAUCUUUGGCACCAUUGAGAAGACAUGGCGCAAAACCAUAGAAGGAGCUUCCAAAGUAUUCAUGGAGAAACAUUAUAAUAGGCAUAGGCGUUUGAUUAAUGAUGUUGUCUAGCAAUUUGUAUAUUGGCCAUCUAUUUUAAUCAUUUUUUUAUUAUUUAUUUCUGUUAUCAACAUUAUAACAUAUUUUUUUUAUAAUAAGAAAUAUUAUGAAAAGCCCUAAAGGUUUUGCCACAAA